AUGUCUCACAGGCAUAGGGAACAUGAUUCUGAUUCCAGUGAUAGUGAGGACGAAACACUUCUGCUUGUCAAUCUUCUUACCCUCAACAUAGAGGCCACACGCCAUCACCGACGACGGUCCCGUUUACCUCGCCGCGUCAUUCAUAGGGAUCAUUUUGCUGGAGAAAACCUUAUCCACCAUCACUACUUCGGGCCGAACCCAGUGUAUCCACCCCACGUGUUUCGUAGAAGGUUCCGCAUGAGUAGGCCUCUGUUUCUCCUCAUCUUGCAAGGACUUCAACAUCAUGAUUCUUACUUUACACAACGGGUUGACGCAACUGGCAUGCCAGGACUGGGUCCCCUCCAAAAAGUAUGUGCGGCAAUGCGGGUACUUGCAUAUGGGUUACCUUCUGAUGCGGUAGACGAGUACAUUCAAAUUGGGGAGUCCACAGCUAGGGAAUGCCUUCAUCAUUUUUGUCGCGCAAUCAUUGCAUACUUUAGUGGGUGGUAUCUACGAACUCCUAAUGAAGCUGACAUAACACGCAUCAUGCACAAUAGCGAAUCAAGGGGUUUUCCUGGAAUGUUGGGUUCUAUAGAUUGCAUGCAUUGGGAGUGGCGGAACUGUCCUACGGCCUGGCGUGGGACAAACAACGACGUCAACGUGCUGCACCGAUCACCAGUAUUCGACCCCAUGACAACAGGUCGAAUGCCACCUGUCAAUUAUACAAUUAAUGGUAAUGCUUAUAACUUCAGUUAUUACCUAGCUGAUGGUAUUUACCCCAACUGGCCAACAUUUGUAAAAGCAAUCAGACACCCAUAUGAGCAAAAGAAAGUAUAUUUCACACAGAUGCAGGCAAGUUGUCGAAAGGAUAUUGAGCGUGCAUUUGGAGUUCUUCAAGCACGGUGGGCGGUGCUGCGAGGUCCAACGUAUGGUUGGGAUCGUAAUCGUUUGACUCAGAUAAUCACAGCCUGCAUCAUCAUGCACAACAUGAUUGUCGAAGACGAAGGGGCGUUUGCUGCUAAUAUUGAUUUUGGAGACAACACUUCAGGCAUUGAACCAUCUCAACUUAUUGGAGAAGGAAGGGCGGAAUGGGUGAUAAACCACUUCGAUCUUCGUCGCCAAGAUAGAUCGUGCUCCCUCCAAAAUGAUCUUGUCGAGCAUUUGUGGGCUAGGCGUGGAAGCAUGUAA